ACCCCUGGCCCCCCGGCGCCGCCGCCCGAGGAGCGGAUCCCUGGACCCCCAGCCGGCAGCGACAGGUUGGCAAUCCUAGAAGACUAUGCGGACCCGUUCGAUGUCCAGGAGACUGGUGACGGCCCAGUAGGAGCUUCAGGAGCCCCAGAAAAGGUCCUGGAAAAUGAUGGCUACAUGGAGCCCUAUGAGGCCCAAAAGAUGAUGGCUGAGAUCCGGGGUUCCAAGGAGACUGCAGCUCAGCCCCUGCCUCUGUAUGACACGCCCUAUGAGCCAGAGGAGGAGGGGGCCACCCCCGAGGGUGAGGGGGCCCCCUGGCCCCGGGAGUCCCGCUUGCCUGAGGAUGACGAGAGGCCCCCCGAGGAGUAUGACCAGCCCUGGGAGUGGAAGAAAGAGCGGAUUUCUAAAGCCUUUGCUGCCCAAUUUGAAGGAUCCGAGAAGAGCUGCCUGUCGCCCGGCCUGGAGGAGAAGGGGCGUCUACCUCCCCGACUCUCAGCAGGGAACCCCAAGUCAGCCAAGCCCCUAAGCAUGGAGCCCAGCAGCCCCCUGGGGGAGUGGACAGACCCAGCACUGCCUUUGGAAAACCAGGUCUGGUACCAUGGGGCCAUCAGUCGAACAGAUGCCGAGAACCUGCUCCGGCUGUGCAAAGAGGCCAGCUACCUGGUGCGCAACAGUGAGACCAGCAAGAAUGACUUCUCCCUGUCCCUCAAGAGCAGUCAGGGCUUCAUGCACAUGAAGCUGUCUCGGACCAAGGAACACAAGUAUGUGCUGGGCCAGAACAGCCCGCCGUUCAGCAGUGUCCCUGAAAUCGUGCACCACUACGCCAGCCGCAAGCUGCCCAUUAAGGGGGCUGAGCACAUGUCCCUGCUCUACCCUGUGGCCAUCCGGACUCUGUAGAUGUGAGGCUUGGGCACUGUGACCCAUCUGCACCCAGCCCUGGGCCUGGGCCUGGGCCCUGGCUGAGGGCUGUAGUACUUCCCCAGGACAUGAUCUCGCAAGCCUUUCUUCCCCUCUCCCUGGGAUGGAGUGGAAGCUGGAGAUUCCUUAACUUAUUCUAAAGGGGAAGGCUACUGCGGCCUUGGAGAAAGGGGUGGUCUGGGGCUGAGGAGAGAGGAAUCCCUGAGAAAGGAUAGCCCCUGGAGGAAGAGGUCUUCAGAACCGCAGGCCUCCUGAGGAGUUUACGAUGGGCAGCUCCAGACCCUUUCGGCCUUUGGGGCAGAGGAGGGAACCCCCUUCCUCUCCACCCUCCACCCCCUGGGUCAGUAUGAGGUGCAGCGGGACGGGGGCCCGCGGGGCGCCCUGGCCAUCUCUUUGCCUCCCUCCCCAAACCACCAGCCGGGCUCAGUCCAGAGUACGGUGUGGGGCUUGAGGAGCGCACGCCCCUAGGGUGGAGAUGGCACUGGGGCCGGGGGGAACUUGUGCGGUCCCGGGCCGACCCGGCUCCCGGCCAGAGGCAAUAAAUAAACCCAGUGCUGCCAGGCA